UCCAUUUUCUCAGGACAAUUUCUACCUCCGGUCGGCGAGAACUCCCUCUGAUUGUUUCAGUUGCACACACGUUGCUGUUAAUUUGAGCGAAACAGAACAGAAACGUGUAAAUUUAUUCCCGACUGUUCAAGAGAAGGCGAAGGGAAACGCUUGUUUGCUGGUAAACCGACUUCGACACAACACCGACUCAGAUUCUUUCCUCCACAGAUGACAGUGUUCUCUCUGCUCUCAGAACAUCAUGCUUCCCCGGGCGGGUAAAGACUUUCUGGUCCGCAUAAGGUUCUCCUGGAGGCCGCUGUUCCAGGGCCGGUACCUGCUGGUCACCAACACCCUGAGCGGAGGAAUCAUGCUGUCUCUGGGAGAUAUCCUGCAGCAGACUCGGGAGAAGCGCAGGGAGCCGGGCCGGGUGAGGGACUGGGGGAGGACAGGUCGGAUGUUUAUUGUCGGCUCCUCCAUGGGUCCUCUACUGCACUACUGGUAUCUUUGGCUGGACAGAGUUUAUGUGGGCAAAGCUCUGAAGACACUGAGUAAGAAGGUUCUGGUGGACCAGCUGGUCGCCUCACCGACUCUUGGAAUAUGGUAUUUCUUAGGCAUGGAUCUCUUGGAGGGACGCACUUUAUCUGAAGGAUGGGUGGAGUUUAGAGAAAAGUUCUGGGAAUUUUAUAAGAUGGACUGGUGUGUCUGGCCUGCUGCUCAGAUGAUCAACUUCUACUUCCUGUCACCUAAAUUCCGAGUGGUGUACAUCAACUUUAUCACCUUAGGGUGGGACACCUACCUCUCCUAUCUCAAACACAGGGAUGAAUUCCGGCAGUCUGAAGUGGCAUCGGACAGCAGCCUUGUGGAUUCAUAGCAGAGAAAACUCCCAACGUGUCCACCUCUGGGUGAAGAAACCUAAAGUUCAUCAUCAUUUAAGAAGAUAAUCAAAGACAAGAAAACACAUUCAUCUGUUUUUAUAUUCACAGACUUUAAUUGCUCCAUUUCAAAUGGGUUUAAAACCUGUUUAAUAUAAAGUGACAAUGCACUUUUUUCCUUCAGGCCUGAAUGGUUUGAUGGCAUCAUUUUAGUUGUGUGUUUAUGUCUGACAUUCACUCCUGCUGGAGCAUUCAGGGAUGCAGUAUGCCGUUUUCACCCUAAAAUUCCUGUUCCUGAUCCCUCUGUGAAGUCUAUCUGUAAACUGACUAGUUUAAUCAUUAA